AUGCCUUACCCUUUACUACAAUCCUUUGAGCACAUUCCUGGAAUUCCAAAAACAUGGGAGGAAUUCAGUAUUAAUUCUUCUUUUAUUUCUUUUCUGGAGAAACUCAAACUUGUGAACAGAACUUCAUUCAACUGGACUGACAGUCGUAUUGGAGAAUGGGAACGUUUUGCUGAGUUAGCUAAAUAUGAAGCUGAUUCCCAGAAACCUACAGUCAAAGCUCUAUUAAUCAUAGCCUAUUCUGUAAUCAUCAUCAUGUCUCUUUUUGGAAACAUGUUAGUUUGCCAUGUGGUUAUGAAAAAUAAGAGAAUGCAUUCAGCUACUAGUCUAUUUAUUGUUAAUUUGGCUGUGUCUGACAUCAUGAUCACCCUGCUGAAUACACCUUUUACUCUGGUUCGGUUUGUGAACAGCACUUGGGUAUUUGGAAAGGACAUGUGUCACAUCAGCCGCUUUGUGCAGUAUUGCUCUCUACAUGUGUCUACGCUCACUCUCACCGCUAUAGCUCUGGAUAGGCACCAGGUUAUUUUGAACCCUCUAAAGCCAAGGAUGUCACUCAGCAAAGGAGUACUCAGCAUCUCAUUUAUCUGGGUUAUGGCGACAUGCUUCUCCCUGCCUCAUGCUAUCUAUCAGAAGCUAUUCCAGUAUAAUUAUAGAGAAACUACAAUAAGAAGCUUGUGUAUUCCAGACUUCCCUGAACCUGCAGAAUUAUUCUGGAAGUACUUGGACCUUUCAACUUUCCUACUUUUGUAUCUGUUACCGCUCCUCAUCAUCUCUAUUACAUAUACCCGCCUGGCCAAGAAGUUGUGGAUGAGAAAUGCCAUUGGAGAUAUCACCACUGAACAGUAUAUAACUCAUCGUAAGAACAAGAAGAAGAGCAUUAAAAUGUUGGUCCUAGUGGUUGUAGUGUUUGCAGUCUGUUGGUUUCCAUUAAAUUGUUAUGUAGUCCUUAUUUCCAGUUUGGGCAUUAAAACCAAAAACACUCUGUACUUUUCCCUUCAUUGGUUUGCUAUGAGUAGCACAUGUUAUAACCCUUUUAUCUAUUGCUGGCUGAAUGAGAGUUUCCGCCUGGAGUUGAAGUCAUUGUUAGGUAUGUGUCAGAAAGUUCCUCAAAUCCAGGACAAUGUUCUACCACCAGUUCUUAUACCUUAUCGAGAAGCUUGGGUGGAGCAGGCCAUCUUUAAACAAGGUCCAUCCUCCCAAAGCAUAAGAUCCACCACUAAUGUACAGACACUUAACACUGACCUCUAA